AUGGUGGCAGACACGGCCUACUAUGACGUCUUGGGCGUCCCUACAAAUGCAACGGAGAUACAGAUUAAGAAGGCGUAUAGAAAGCUAGCCAUAACGACUCAUCCAGACAAGAAUCCCGGAGAUGAAACUGCCCAUGAACGAUUCCAGGCGAUCGGUGAAGCCUAUCAAGUCCUCAGUAAUGAGCAGCUACGGAAACAGUAUGAUAAGUUUGGUAAAGACCAUGCGGUGCCUGAUAGUGGGUUCGAGGAUCCUGCGGAAUUCUUCAGCAUGAUUUUUGGAGGUGGCGCAUUCGUUGAUCUCAUUGGCGAAAUUUCCCUCAUGAAGGAUAUUACCCAGACCAUGGAUAUCACGAUGCAGAACGAAGAGGAGGAUGAGCAAGCAGAAAAAGCAGAUCUAGCAGAAGCCGCAAAGGAAAAAUUCAGUGUACAGGACAAGGAGGCCCAGGGACCUACGUCAGAAAGAACCAGCGGAGGUUCUUCCGUCCCUCGCCCCACAGAUCGCAGAGAAUCCACGACUGUGCCAGAUCUGAAAGCACCUCCAGCUGAUGCGCCACCACAGUCAGGUCCUAGCUCCGGAGAUAACACCCCUCGUCGCUACCUGGGCCAACACGCGAUCAUGGAUAGAUCGGAUGAGGAUGUGAGGAUGGAGAAUAUCUCGGCGGAGGAGAAAGAGUUGAGGAAGAAGGAGAAGAAAAAGGGCGGUCUCACCAAGGAACAGCGGGAGCGAUUGGCGGCUUUCGAGAUGGAACGAAGGCGGCAGCGGGAAGAACGGAUCAAUACCCUUUCCCAAAAACUUAUCGAUCGUAUUAGUAUAUGGACAGAAACUGACAUGGGCACGGAUGUGACGCGCGCGUUUGAGGAGAAGAUCCGUCUGGAAGUCGAAAACCUCAAAAUGGAAUCCUUUGGCCUAGAAAUCCUCCAUGCGAUCGGCACGACGUAUAUACAAAAGGGCACUGCAUUCCUGAAAUCCCAGAAGUUUCUGGGCAUCUCUGGUUUCUGGUCAAGACUGAAGGACAAAGGCACCCUGGCCAAAGAGACCUGGCACGCGGUUUCUACAAUGGUCGAUGCCCAGAUGAGUGCGGAGCAUAUGGCUCAACUUGAGGAGAGAGGCGGGGAAGAUUGGACAGACGAGAAGAUGGCAGAACAGGUCAAAAUAGUCACAGGGAAGAUGCUUGCAGCUGCAUGGCGUGGAAGCAAAUUCGAGAUCCAGAGCGUUCUCCGUGAUGUGUGCGAUAAGAUCUUGAACGACAAAGCCGCUAAACGCACCCCGGAAGAAGAGGGUGAUUACAUGGCUUUUGAACAGUUGAUGGCGGAAGCUACUGCUAAGAAAGCCAAGAAUGCGAAGAAAAAAGAUGGCAAAAAACCAAAGGCAGAAUCAGGCAGCGAGCCUCGUGAGCUUUCCGAGCAGGAUACGUCAAACUGA